AUGGAGUUCGAGUCCGAAGCAAUCACUGUUGCUCAUUCAGCUGAAAGUUUUGUGUUCGCUUUGCAGCAAGUUGAAGAGCUGCCAUUAUCUCAAGAUGAAAGAAGAAGAAGAUCAAACGAAAUGAAGCAAGGCGAAAUGAACUCUUUUGCGUAUCUGCUCAUUACUGAUUUUAUCAAGAAACGCACGAGCGAGUCAAAAGCAAAACAUUUUCAUAACAAUUAUCAUCGUCUGAAUCGACAUUUCAUUCAUUCCGUGGGUCUGUCGGUCGAUUGA